AUGGCAGAAACAGGAACAGCAUCUGUUGCCGUUCAACCGACCGUCGAAAAGCAAAUUGAUGGAGCGUCACAUCAAAAUGCUGAAAAGCUUGAAGAGCAUGAUGACGACGUAAAUUACCGAGAUACCGAUACAGUUGGUGAACUUCGUACAGACUUCAAUGCGAUGACUACUGAUAUUUCAUCACCAUUGUCUCGUUCUUCAUCUCAUAAAUUUCGAGGUUCAAUUGCUUGGACAGAAGGCUUUGAAAAAAAUCUCCAUGUUCUUGGAAAAGAUCAAUAUCCAGAUCGAGCUAUGGCUGUAUUUACAAGUGGGGGUGAUGCACAAGGAAUGAAUCCGGCUGUUCGAGCCAUUGUUCGUAUGGGUAUUUAUCUUGGUUGUAAAGUUUAUUUUAUACACGAGGGUUAUCAAGGAUUAGUUGAUGGUGGUAAUAGUAUUCGUCAAGCAACAUGGGCAUCUGUAUCUGGCAUUCUCGAUGAUGGUGGAACCAUUAUUGGUAGUGCACGUUGUAAAGAAUUUCGUGAAAGACCUGGCCGAUUACGUGCUGCAAAAAAUCUUAUUGAUCAUGGUAUUAAUAAUAUUGUUUGUAUUGGUGGUGAUGGAUCACUGACUGGAGCAAAUCUAUUUCGUAAAGAGUGGGAAAGUCUUUUAGCAGAACUUGUCGAUACAGAACAAAUUACGAGUGAAAAUGCUGAAAAAUAUAAAAAUUUAAAUAUCGUUGGUCUUGUUGGAUCGAUUGACAAUGAUUUUUGUGGUACUGACAUGACAAUUGGAGCUGACUCAGCUUUACAUCGUGUUAUGGAAGCUAUUGAUUGUAUCACAACAACAGCAUCAAGUCAUCAACGUUGUUUCGUUCUCGAAGUAAUGGGUCGCCAUUGUGGUUAUCUAGCAUUAGUAACUGCUCUCAGUGCUGAUGCUGAUUGGGUAUUUAUACCUGAAUCACCACCUGAACCUGGAUGGGAAGAUCAAUUAUGUAAAAAACUUAAAAAUACACGAGAAAUGGGUCAACGUUUGAAUAUAGUUGUUAUUGCUGAAGGUGCCACCGAUUCUGAAGGUCGACCAAUAAAAUGUGAUGACGUUCGAGCUCUUAUUGCAAACCGACUAAAAUAUGAUACGCGUGUAACUAUUCUUGGUCAUGUUCAACGUGGUGGUUGCCCGUCAGCAUUUGAUCGGGUUCUUGGUACUCGAAUGGGCACUGAAGCUGUGUUAGCCCUAAUGGAAGCAACACCAACAUCGCAACCUGUUGUUAUUGCUCUUAGUGGUAAUCAAACAGUACGUGUACCAUUGAUGCAUUGUGUAGAAAAAACAACUGCUGUCGCGCAAGCCAUGGCUGAUAAAAGAUUUAAAGAAGCUCAAGAUUUACGUGGAAGAAGUUUUAAAAGUAAUCUUGAAACUUAUAUUCGUCUAAGUAAAUUAAGACCAAAAUUAUUGUCGAAUAAACAACACUCAUAUAAUGUGGCCAUAAUUAAUGUUGGUUCACCCGCUGGUGGUGUAAAUGCCGCUAUUCGCUCAAUUGUACGAUCCGGUAUAUGUGAAGGGCUUAAUAUGUUUGCUAUAUUCGAUGGAUUUGAAGGUUUAGUAAAUAAUCAAGUUAAAAAUUUACAAUGGACAUCGGUAAAUGGAUGGAGUGGUAUUGGUGGAUCGAUACUUGGUUCUCAAAAAGCUACAGCAGCUAAAGUUGGUCUGAUGAAAGUAGCCGAAAAACUUCGUGAACAUAACAUUCAUGCUAUUAUAAUCAUUGGCGGAUAUGAGGCCUAUUUAUCGAUUCUUCAAAUGUAUGAUACACGAAGUAAACAUAUUGAAUUUCAAAUUCCAUUGAUUUGUAUCCCAGCUACUAUAUCAAAUAAUGUACCCGGUACUGAAUUUAGUAUUGGAGCUGAUACAUCAUUGAAUGAAAUAGUCAAAAUUUGCGACAAAAUAAAACAAUCUGCUCAAGGGUCCAAACGGCGUAUAUUUAUCAUUGAAACCAUGGGCGGCUAUUGCGGCUAUUUAGCUACUAUGGCUGCACUGGCUAGCGGAGCUGAUCAAGCAUACAUCUAUGAAGAACCAUUUACAAUCAAAGAUCUCAUUGAUGAUGUUGAUCAUUUACGUAAAAAAAUGGAAGGAAAUCUAAAACGUGGUCUUCUACUUCGAAAUGAAAUGGCCAAUGAACAUUAUACAACAGAUUUCAUUACGAAGUUAUUGCAAGAAGAAGGCAAAGGAGUAUUCAGUGCAAGAAGCAACGUUCUUGGUCAUAUGCAACAAGGUGGCUUACCAUCGCCAUUUGAUCGUGCAUUUGCAACGAAAUUAGGAUGUAAAGCCGUAUCCUAUGUUGUGUCACUUAUUGAAAAGUCAGCAACAGGCGAUGGAAAAGUUAUUUGUAAUACAGCAGAAAGUGCUGUUGUAUUAGGUUUACUUAAACGACAAAAUGAAUUUACACCGAUAGAAAUUCUCAAGACAAAAACUGACAUGGAACAUCGAAUGCCUCUUGAACAAUGGUGGCUGAAACUUCGACCAUUACUUCGUAUUUUAGCUAAACAUGAAACUGUUUACGUUGGCGAAGUUGUCGAAUCGAAUAUCGAUGAAGUUGAUCAAUCACAAUAG